GUCUCGUAUCUAUCGCAAAACAGUCGAAAUUGUCUGCUCGUUGGUUGCACAUCGCGCUCGCUUCCCGUCUUUAAACGGAUCGUAGUGCCUAAGGACUACACUUGAAGGAUCACCUCCUACACACACUCACACACACACACUCAUUUACGUUCAAUAUGGCGCAAAUAAUCAUCAGUGCUUUGUUAUGUCUGGCCAUGUUUGGCUCACUGGCCCAAGCAGCAGCCGGCGCCUGCCGCGAGGCUAAUGGCACGGCUCCCGUCUCCGGCUCCUGCGAUGCCUACAUCGAGUGCAAGAACGGCGUCGCCGAGGAGAAGAUAUGCCCGGACGGAUUGCUCUAUAAUGAGAAGUCCACUGGCUACCCAUGUGGUUAUCCCAUCGACGUGGAGUGCGCGCAGGGUCAGUCGCGUCUGCAGGCUGCCCAGCCCACCGAAGACUGUCCGCAUCAGUUUGGCUAUUACCGAAUGGGCGAUUCGAGUCAUUGCGGCCAGUUCAUGAACUGCGCGUCGGGACGUGGCUUCGUGUUCGAUUGCCCGGAGGGCUUGGCCUGGAAUCCGGCCACCUACAAAUGCGAUUGGCCCGAUCAGGUGGAGGAUUGCGAUGCCGAGGCUUUCCUCGGCUUCCGCUGCCCCGCGCCUGCCGUCAAGUCAGAGCUGUUGGGUGAGCAGGAAGAGGACUACACCUUCCAUCCGUCGCCGGACAACUGCCAAGUGUACUUCAUCUGCAUUGAGGGCCGACCGCGUCGCAUUGGCUGCGGAGAGGACCAGGCCUUCAACCAGGAGUUGAAGCAGUGCGACGACAUCGACAAUGUGCCCAACUGCAGCAGCGAUAUCCGAGCGAAGGGCGCCGAGAUCAAGGCUGCACGUGCCGCCGCAGCUGCCGGUCGUCGCAAGCAGAUCUAAGCGCAGGAGGGAAGGGGAACUGGUGUAGGAGCUAAAGUUAAAUCAGAUUGUGGAUAUGCAAAGCACGCCCAACGGGCUGCUCGAGUUUUCUAGUCUGUAGCUAAGGGUCUUGUGCCCGUUUAUUAUUGUAACUUUUGCCAUGUUGCCAAUAAAAAUUCAGAUAAUUUUUGUAAAGA